AUGGCCGGGCGAUCCGAUGAACAAGAUACACAGCGCUUGUCAGAGUAUGAAAGGCUGCAGGCUGCUCAUCUCGCUGUCUCUGCAUCCCCCGUGGACCCUGGAUUCGAUGAGUUUGCGAGGCUCGUGCCCUGCAAUCCGGCCGCACGGCUCGCUUUUCAUGACCUCGCCCUCGAAUUGACGAAGACCAAAGACCUAGCACACUACCAGAAGUUUAUGCAUGUCUCUAGCCACGUCCCGACAGGUGACCUCUCGGCCAAAAAGUCUCUGCUUCGGCGCGAGGAUACAGACUCUGACUUUUCCGACUCUUCGAUGGACCAGGCUGGACCGACGACCCAGUACACCGGCCACUUUCGAUUCAGUCUCUCGUGCCUACCGACAGACUUCAGACGUGGUUGGGUGGUUGGGGCUGGGCGCCGCGACCAGCCGGACCUGGGGGUGGAUUUCCGCAUUACCAUGAAUGGAGCCCGCGAUUACGUGAGAGGAAGACACGUACAGUUUCUUCACAAUCGAGAAUUCGGCACCUUUUUAUUCAAGGCGAUUUCAACCCGACUGCAUACAUCUCUCAAUGGCAUGGUGGUGGACAAAGAAGGGUGUCUGGUUUCGCAUCCAUCACAGAAUAUUGGUAUAGGAAACUUGACUUAUAAUCUUGAGUUCGCGCAGGACGACGCAGUGAAGGCGCGCUAUAUACGAGGCUUACAUGAUCUCAUGCGAGAGAAUCCUCGGUUCCAACGGUAUCCCAUGUCAUCAUUCGACCCAACACCUGCAGCAAAUCAAUACAUCAUCGACCGUUAUCUGAUUCAGGCCCCUCAGGCGGCUGGCGCAUACGGUGUCGUGUCAGCCGCUGCCCACUUGACGACGGGCAACGUGUAUGCGGUGAAACGUUUGACCAGGACGGACCAUAACCGCAACAGUAUCCGCCAUGAGGUUGAAAUCAUGGAAGUGGUCGGGAAUCACCCCCACGUCUGUUCGCUAGUCGAUACAGACUUUGGGAAGGCAGAUCGCCGCAGUCUCAGGACCAGCCGUGUGGACACUGUUCAUUUGAUUCUCACCCCCUUAGCAACCCGGACGCUUGAAGCAUUUGUUGGUGGGCUCGAAGCGAGACCGCUCUGUCUCAAAGCAUUGCAUCAUGUUGCGCAGGGUCUUCGCCACAUCCACGCCAUGGGCAUCAUCCACCGUGAUGUGAAACCAAGCAACUUGCUCAUCGCGGAGCCGUUUCGUGUCGUGGUGGCAGACUUUGGCCACUCUACCCACGAGAAGGCGUCACGCAAUCACAAGAUGGGAACGAUCUGGUACUUGGCGCCAGAGAUUGUUGAAUUGAAGACCAGCAGCCAUGCCAAAGGCCACUGGUCGCCCGCAUCUGAUGUUUUUGCAUAUGGUCUUGUUGGGUAUGAGCUGAUUCACGGUGAGAUUCGGCGGGCUGGCGGCUUUAUCAACAACACGGUGUUGGAUCGUCUCCUCACCAUGGUCAAUGGGUCGCAAGAACCCAUUGAUACCCUGCUCCAAGCAUCGCUCUCACGUGAUCCAGAUCAGAGGCCAAGCAUGAGCGAUAUUUGCCUGGAGAGCUUCUGGGGGGAAGCUGAGACGACGACUAACGAUUCGAAGAGGAAGCCUCCCCUAGAGUGA